GAGAGCGCGAGAGAAAGAGGGCUUGCACGAGAGAGACUGCGAGAGAGGGAGAGCAAGCGAGAGAAAGUCAUUUGUAGACGUCGCACAGCUCAUUUGGAUUUUGGGGAGUAAACUGAACAACCAUGGUGAUAAAAGUCUUUAUAGCGUCUUCCUCCGGAUCGACUGCGAUUAAGAAGCAGCAGCAGGAUAUAAUGGGUUUCCUAACUGUCAACAAGAUUGACUUUGAGGAGUGUGACAUUGUCACUAGUGAAGACAACCGGAAGUGGAUGAGGGAGCAUGUACCUGAGGAUUUCAGACCCACAACAGGGGUCCCCCUGCCACCGCAGAUAUUUAAUGAAGAGCAUUACUGUGGGAACUAUGAGGCCUUCUUUGAUGCCCGUGAGGAACAUGCAGUGUAUGCAUUCCUGGGCCUCACCGCCCCUCCAGGAUCCAAGGAAGCAGAGGCCUUGACCAGACGGGAGCAACAGUAGCUGUAUUUUAGUUUGUUUGCUGACCACAGUGCCCUCUCCUGGCGUCCUCCAGGCGGCUCUACAACAGUAGCUGUAUUUUAUUUUGUUUGCUGACCACAGUGCCCUCUCCCGACGUCCUCCAGGCGGCUCUACAACAGCUCGCCAUUGCUCGUCUAGAACACAACUUCUGUUUUUCAUUUUGUUGCAAAAGGUAAUCAGACUGGCAUUGAAUUGACCAACCGAGCAUGGCCAAAUAUAAGGGCUUAGUGGUAACCUGUCUGUAAAAUGGUAACCUUUAUUUAAAGUGGUACUGUCUCAACAGUUCAAGAACGAUGCUGGGCACAACCCAGUAGUUAUUGUCAUUUUGAUAUCAAGGCAGAAUAAUUGGCCAAAUACUAGGCAUUUAGCAGAUGAUAUAGAAAUUCUUUGCAUAUAUGAAAAUAUUUCAUUUCUUUGAGAUAUUUUUCAUGUUUGAUAAUAAAAUAUUGUUACUUUACUACUCAGUCAAUCUUA